AUGGACUGCUUAGAAAAGGAGUUUCAAAUUGGGGCAUGCGAUGGGGCCGGGGAAGGGCCUACCUGGCCCAUAUCAAUGGUGCAACCGUGCAAGACAUGCUGUGGAUCAUUGACUGGUCAACAAUCCGCACACACCAUACAAAGUGCAACUCCGACCUCUUCAGCCAUGGAAAUUGGUUCAGCCACCCAAGAGAAUACCAGGCCGAUCAGUCGGGGGUGUGGAUGGCUUAAGGCCUUGCCCGAGAAGUUUAAGGCCAAAGGGUUUGAGAUUGUAACCAAAACAAAGAAGCUCGGAGAAGAUGAUCCUAGAAGAAUCAGACACUCACUGAAGGCGGGACUAGCUAUCACAUUGGUCUCCUUAUUCUAUUAUUUGAGGCCUCUAUAUGAUGCUUUCGGGCAGUCAGGAAUGUGGGCAAUCUUAACUGUUGUGCUUGUUAUCGAUUUCUCAGCACCAUCGGAAUUUCGAAGAAAAAUUCAACAACCAUGCACAAAGCUGAGCUCAGAAUCAAGCAAGGCUUUAAAGGAAUUAGCCUCAGCCAUCAAAAACAUGACCCACCCAUCUUCUUGUGAUCUCCAUCUUCAAAACUCCAAAGCAGCUGCUGAGGAAUUGAAAAUUGCAUUAGAGGCUUCUCCACCAGUAAAAACAGACCUCCUCGAAGUCAUACCAGCCGUUACAGUUGCUUCAAUACUAAUUAACAUUAUUAAAAGCGUCGAAAAUAUUUCAGCAUCCAUUCAUGAGCUUUCAGACCAAGCUCGUUUUAGGACAGUGAAGUCAAAUGUAAUAGCUGAGAAAUCACAGUUAUUUCAUAGUGGGACCGUAAAACCUAUUAGUGAUGGUGAUGGUGAUGGUGGUGGCGGUGACGGUGGUGGUGGUGAUCAUAUUGUUAUCAUAGUAUCACCAGAAAAUGGUAAUCCUCAAGGGCUUAUGAGAAGCCAACAUGUUGAAGUAUAA